CCUUGUAAAUUGAUACUGCUUAAGCUUGUUCGAGACUGUCAUUUUCCAAUGCGCCAAGAAAAGAGUUUGCGAAAGAUUUGGAAAUAAACAAUCGGGGUUUUGUGAGGUUGCUGAAAGCUGUAGUCGAAAAUGCUUUUCUAUUCUUUCUUCAAAUCCCUUGUUGGCAAAGAUGUCGUUGUCGAGUUGAAAAACGAUUUGAGCAUCUGCGGAACGCUACACUCCGUAGACCAGUACCUCAAUAUCAAGCUGACGGACAUCAGCGUGACGGAUCCGGAGAAAUACCCACAUAUGCUGUCGGUAAAAAACUGCUUCAUCCGCGGUUCGGUCGUACGAUAUGUGCAGCUGCCCGGUGAAGAAGUAGAUACCCAGUUACUACAAGACGCGGCACGAAAAGAAGCUGUAACUAGUGUACGAUAAGUAAAUAACACGAUUGGUCACAUACCAUAAAACAAACGAUAAGUUGCGGAUAAUAAGAUGAUGACAGAUAGUUUUACUAAAUUUUAGGGUACCAAAUUUUCCAGUAGAAGUUCUUUUGGUCAUUCUUUCGUGACAAUUAUGGCCUACUGUAGUAGGCUACGAUACUUACUUUAAUGUGAACAAUCCAUCAGUACUUGUGAAAGUAACAAAUAUUCUCAAUUUGGAGGAAAUAUUUUAAGCAAAAUGUGACUAUGGUUUUGGUGAUUUUGUUCAAAUACAAAAAAUCUAGAUUAACUCUUUCAAAAACAUGGGAAAAUCACCAGAAAUGCGAUAAAAAACAUUUAACAUACCAAUGUGGUUAGUUAGUUUCCAAAAGCAUAGUCGAGAAGCAUGGGUUUGUUCAUCAUAACACAAUGAUAAUUCUAAAGAAAACACAGAUUUGAGUUGUGUAAUAUUGUACUACAAACUAGGAAUGGUAUUAUAUGUAUACCAUACCUUGAUGUGAUAAAUGCAUGGCAUACCAUAUAUUAUUGUCAUCAUGUUUGCAAGCAAUUAACAAACAGUUUUGAUUUACUCAUUUCGCAUUGAUUCGAUUGGCGAAAUAAUACUUUCCUUUCCAUAUCUCACAAUUGCUCUGUUGGGAUUG